AGAGGUGAACGAUUCUUCUUCUUCCCUAAUCUCCGUCGUCUUUCUUUCUCACCUCUUGCGCCGCCGCCGCCGCCUCCCAACGACAGGCACCACCUCAUGCCCCAUUCCGGCCAACUUCCGUCGUCGCUUCCUCCACUCGCACUCGUUCACCUCAAAGGUGCUCCUCCUGCUCAUCCUCGCCGCAAUCAAUUGGCCUCGCCCCGCUCCGACAACCUCUUCCCACUCCGCCGCCGGCGUUGCCCACUCAUCCUCUGACUGCCUCAAGCUUGUCCACAGUUAGGAGAAAGGUUACGAGUCAGAUUUCGCAGUCUUUCUCAACGGCCGAGAUUAGGGGCUUACCAGUCUCAUUAUUUAUCUCUUCUCUCGAGUUCAAUGGCAUUUACACGGUUAAGUAGUAUCAUCCUCGUCUCAGCAAUAUUCAGGUUAAUCCUGAUCUUAUAUGGAGAAUGGCAAGACACCCACAUGGAGGUUAGAUACACAGACGUUGAUUACCUCGUAUUCUCCGACGCCGCUUCUCUAAUGGCUUCCGGGAAGUCUCCCUUUCAGAGAUCCACAUAUAGGUACUCGCCUUUGCUUGCAUUUUUACUCAUGCCCAAUACGUUUAUUCAUCGCUCGUGGGGCAAAUUCCUCUUCUCAGCUUCAGAUUUACUUGUGAGCUUCUUCAUAAAUGCCAUUUUGAAGCUUCGAGGGGUUCCUGAAAACUUGUGUGUUUUUUCUGUGAUAUGUUGGCUCUUCAAUCCCUUCACCUUUACAAUUGGGACACGAGGGAACUGCGAGCCAAUUGUUUGUGCCACGGUUCUUUGGAUCCUCUUAUGCCUCAUGAACGGACGUGUUUUACAAGCUGCAUUUUGGUAUGGGCUCAUUGUCCACUUUAGAAUCUACCCUGUUAUAUACUCACUUCCCAUUCUUUUGAUUCUUGAUCCGCAAGUUUUCCAAUCUGGUUGUCGGCCUGCUCUUCAAAAAUGGAGUCGUACUGAACAACAAAGUUCAUCUCAGGGAUGUUGGAUUACAAGAAUUGCUCGUAUGUUCCAUCCACGGUUCCUUAUGAGAUGUGUACUAACAAGGGAGAGAAUACUUUUUGGCUUAAUUUCAGGAGCCGUGUUCUUGUUUUGCACUGCCCUUUUCUUUUGUUUAUAUGGGUGGGAUUUCCUGCAUGAGGCUCUGCUUUAUCAUCUCACCCGUACAGACCCGAGGCAUAACUUUUCUGUUUAUUUUUACCACAUAUACCUCCAAUACGAGCGCAAACUCUUGGUAGUGGAGAAGCUCAUCUCAUUUUUGCCUCAAUUUAUAGUUCAGCUUGUUCUGAUUUUGAGUUUUGCACAAGACCUUCCGUUCUGCUUCUUUGUGCAGACAGUGGCAUUUGUGGCGUUCAACAAGGUGGUUACUGCACAAUACUUUGUGUGGUUUUUUUGUCUUUUGCCUCUGGUGCUUCCUUGGAGCAAUUUGAAACUCAAUUGGAAAGGCCUAUUGUGCAUAAUAUUUUGGGUAGGUGCUCAACUUCACUGGUUGAUGUGGGGCUAUUUGCUCGAGUUCAAGGGAAAGAAUGUCUUUCUUCAGCUAUGGAUGGCCAGCAUCUUAUUCCUAGCCGCAAAUACAUAUCUUCUCAUUUCAGUCAUUCGCAACCACAGGUACUCUCCGGUUUUCACUUGCUUGGGAACCACUAAUGAUGACUCAAGGAAAUUAAAAUGAGGAAUAUGAGCAGAUUUAUUUGAAACACAGGAUUUCAGUUUCUCAGGAGCUCUAGUGGUUAAAUGAAAGUAGGUACAUGUUUUGCUGGUUUUGAUUUCUGUUGGUUUCGAUAACUUGCAACAAGUUUGCACUAUCUUUUGUUGCUCUAGUAAUCCAGAAAUUGAUGCCAACUCUCUAUAACAGACGUUUUGCACGACCAUGUGGGAUGAAUACUAAUUGCUUUUGGAAGAUAAAAAAUUUCUCCUUGGUUUC